GGCGGGCACAGGCAGUUGGAGUAAAGGGGAACUUCUUUGUAACGGGGAACCCGCUGCUGGAACAUUUGUUAUGUUGCAACUGUACGAAAGAAAAUUUUUUUGGGACUCGCCCUGGCCUACUGCCGUAACAGACGAAAAUGGGUUAUUCCAAGUUUUAGGCACUGAUACAGAGAUGACCCAAAUUGAUCCGCAACUCCGCAUUUGGACUAUGUGCAGCCGUCGGAGGGGUUCGCCUUAUAGUUCCAAGAAGCUGACGAACAGUUCUGCGCUUCUUCUCAAAGAAAUACUCAGAAAGAAAAGUGAUUCUCUAUCAUGGUUAGAGCAGCUGUGUGACGAUUUUGGACCUCGACAUGUUGGAUCGGCUAGUCUGGAAAACGCGAUCGACUGGGUACUGGCAUCGCUUCGUUCCGACAAUUUCAGUGCUCAUUCGGAACCCGUUCCAGGUCUACCCCACUGGGUUAGGGGCGAUGACAGCGCAUACAUCGUUGAACCGCGACUACACAAACUCAAUAUUUUGGCAAUUGAUGGAUCUCCCCCGGGACAAAUGGAGAAGGAAGUUGUUGUAAUAGAAAGUCUAUUUGAACUCAAGGCAAAGAACAUCGCAGGAAAAAUUGUUGUCACUGACCAAAAAUGGUCCGGGUACGGGAGGACAAUGAAGUUUAGAAAGAUAGCUGCUGAAGCUGCAAAACUUGGCGCUGCCGCAGUUCUUGUGAAGUCGGUCACGCCCUUUUCACUCUACACACCUCAUACGGGAGCUGGUGCAAGAGGUUCUCCAAUACCCGCCGCAUGCAUCACAGCUGAAGAAUCGGCUAUGAUAUCGCGAUGGACUCGCAGAGGAAAGAGGGUUAUCAUAAGGCUAAAUAUCACUUCUGCCGAAUCACCUGAGCCGGUUCUCAGCAGAAACGUUGUGUUUGAGAUUCUAGGGACCACUCUUCCUCACGAAGUUGUGCUUCUCUCUGCUCAUAUGGACUCUUGGGACAUUGGUCAGGGUGCACUUGAUGAUGGAGGUGGCAUGGCUGCUGUAAGAGCAGCAAUGUUGGCUAUUCAACGUCUUGGACGGAUAAAUCCAGCAUUUAGACCAAAGAGGACGAUACGAGGAGUUUUUUGGACGGCAGAAGAGCAAGGGACCUUAGGAGCUAUUUACUACCAUGACGAUCACCCCACUGGUAAAGAACGAUUUGUAUUCGCAUCCGAAACUGAUCAAGGUGCAUUUCGUCCACGAAAUUACAACUCUUUAUUACGGUAUCAAGGAGACGAAAGACGAAAGUCAUUGCUCCAAGAAAUUGUCAACCAUUUGAAUGCGAAUGGAAUUCCACUACGAAUAGAAGACAGCCGAGAUCAGGUGGAUCUUGAAGUUUUUGCCAAUGCAGGAGUUCCUUGUGUAAACUACGAAUCCGAUAGAGGGAAGGAUUACUACUUCAAUUUCCAUCAUAGCGAAGCUGAUUAUGUUUCAAUAUUCGAAGAAGAUGACAUUAAUUACACUGCCGGAAUCUUCGCUGUUUUAGCUCACAAUAUUGCCAAUUUAGAAAACUGGUAA